GCACGUCAUCAUUUAUUACACAAAGCUCCGUGCAGCUUGCAGCUGGGUGGUUAAAGCCGAAGAAGACUCUCUUUUACUUUUACUUAUUUUUAGGCUUACAAGUUACAGUUGUUUCUCUUGAUCAAAUAGAUUUUUGGGCGAUAAUUUCCGUUAUGGUUUUAUCAUUGACAAAACUGGCCAAGCUGGAUCAGAACGUAAACAAGCAUGAAGAAGAGACGUCGCAAAAAGGCGGAACAAUGUCCCAAUUCAGCAGUAAACUCUCAGCCGAUGUUGCCGCCAUGUUGGAGUCAGGCAAACAUUACAUAUUUCAGCUUGGCCGAGAAUCACAGUGGUAUUCCUGAUGUUCCUACGGGAAGCUGUCAAGAACUCCUCUUGGAAGAUGCCACUGAAGAAAGUGACACAGAUGGCUCAUUUGCACCAUUCUUCAAAACUGAUGACACUGGAGCAGGUGUCAGUGGUACAGAGGGUAAGAAAUUCCUACGGUUUGUCCACCCAUUGACAGACAAUCGCAAGCUGGUGUGGGAAACAGCUCUUUGGAAGAAUAGGCUCUACAUUCAAUUGCCAAAUGAUUUGGCAGAGCAAGGGAGUAGAGACAGCUUAGUGGCUCUGCUGGAUGCCGCAGAGGAACACCUUGGUUGCACCCAAGUCAUCAUCGGACUGCCCCGGGACAUUAUGGACCGGGCACAGCUCAUCAGGACAUUCAAGUUCAUGGGGUUCGUGCUGCUGCCGCCGGGCCAUCCUGAAUCGCCGGGUUCGCCUGAUUUUCUUUUCAUGGCUUAUGAUAUAUAAACAGGCAGGAUCAGCAGAUUGGAAUUUAACAUACAAAUCUCUACGAGCUGGUGUAAGAUUGCUGCAUCCUGAAGCAGCACUGAUGGAUCAAACUUCUGGGUGAAGGUCAAGAGGAAUGUAACCACAUGUACAAUGUUAUUAGAUGAAUCGGGGAUAAAUUUGUAAUUUGUGUCGCUUUGUAUUGUAAAAAAGCAGCAGACAGGGAGUGGAAAUGGAGUGAUUUCAAAGGAAUGAGAUGGGAAGUAUCUUCUUGAUUGAUUGAUCACCUGUAACAUUGCACAGGCAUGACUUGAUUUUACUUUUUUAUUUUCCUGCAUCCCUACAUUUCUUGCUUCACCCCUCCUGAGCAUCUGUUUUUCAUUUUUGCUCCAUUUUUAGCUGGAGCAGAUUACUCUAGUUCAAACCAGCAAGAGGUACACAGGACAGUGAAAUGAACACAUGCACAUUUUCCCUUUUCUUGUAGCGUUACGUUCUCAUAAUUUCACUGCAUUUAUACAACAUGUCUGAGUUCAGUUUGAAAGCAAGCAAGUUCCUGUGAAUGUUAAAUACAUGUAAGUGAUUAAUGACUCUAUUGGAAUAAGUGGUGCUAUUCAUGGCUUCAUAGCAGAGUUUUUAGUCCUUGAUUCAUUUUUUCCAGCAUUUUAUGCACAGAUUUAAUUUGUGCUCCGUAAUGUAUCAUACAGAAUAGAUCAGAAUUAGUUUCACAUAAAAAGGCUGCCAAGAUGGACUAAAUGCAUGUUUUUUUGUGAGUGAAGGAACAUUUUUCUGUGCAUCAUCUUGUGUUAAUUUCUGUUUCACAUCAAUAAAACCCAUACUGUAAAUCAGAGAAUGCACAUACAAAGUCAGGUUGGCUAUUAAUCUUAGGAUUGUUUAUUGAGUAGAAUUGCUUCUUGAGUAGUCACAAUUUUUUCUUCUUCUUCUUAACUAGAAUUAUACAUGUAGAUCAUAAAAAUUAGUUGGUUAGCAUCCAUGGCCUUUAAUUUUUCAGGGGUGGGUGGGAGGUUCCCUCCCUUCCUUUCUCAUUUAAGAGAUUCAGUCCCAAAUGAAGCAGCUUAUUGAUGAAAAUAAUAAUACAAUUAAGUGAAUCACAUGCCUUUUUUAAAUUUGAUUUUGUUUGAUUCAUACAUAAUGACAUGAAAAAUGGUGGAAAAAUUUACGAUCACGAUCAUCCGCCAUGUCCAAAUGUACUGCGACAAAGCGCAUGCAGAAUGCAUGAUGCAUUCUGCCAAGUAGAAAGAAGGGCUGCGUGCUAGAGCUAUGGCUGCUUCCGAUUGACGCACUUUGAAAAGUAGUCACAGCUAGCACAUGGCCCUUACGUCAAACACGGCCACGCUCUGUCCUGCUACAUCCUUGGGGUUGAUUCUAAGAACUGUAUGGCACAGUAUUGACUAGAGGAAUCAAGGAGAUGAAGUUAUUUCCAAAGGAAUGUACUGUAUGUGUAAAAGGAACGUCAGGCCUAUGUGAAAUAAUUGGUGUGGUUUCUUGAUAGCCGGCUACAGUGAACUAAACUGCGCUCCUUUGUUUUUUGACGACAUUUUGAAAACAUUUGCAUCGAAAUCAUAGGUGGCGCGAUCUGCACAUAUCACGAAGAUCAUUUGUGUAUGAUGGCUACUCUGACAUGUUGUCAGGCUCUUUUACAGUGGUUUAACAAGUGUGUCUAAAAAAAACCCAGGGGCGGGUGGUGAUGCUAUGGCCAUAUGUUUAACUGUAAAUUACUGAAAAUCUCAAACUUUUAUGUUUGCACUGGUUAUCCUGGGUCUGUACAGAUUUAUUAUUUUAGUAAACUGAUUUUGCAAAUGUCCACGCAUUUUUAAGUGAGUGAAAUUUAAAUAACUUGACAGCCAGGUCAAUUUGAUUGUUCCUGACCACAUUUUGAGUUCCAAGACUUUGAAUAUUCAUUGUGCCCAGUUCAAGGAACAGUGGUGUUGUACUUGGUAGUUGUAUUAUGUGCUUAAUAGGUGUAUGCUGAACAGUUUGGAAAGUGCCAUUAUUUGGAGCUGUUGGAAGUAGUGUCUUGAAUUGAUGUGCAUUCUAAAAAAAGACUUUCCUCGAAUUGUGAACAAAUUCUGUUACUACGUUAGGUUAUAUUAUUUGGUCUGAAAUUGGUCCUGUGGGUCUACUCAUUGACUUAAAUGUAAGAGUUAGUUGAAUAAUUAAAGUCAGCAUUGGUAAAUGUCUUCAA